CGUACGGUCAAGCCCGGCCCAAGUAUUUAUCUUGACUUCCCAUUCGAUUACUCGGAUUACGAUUUCCGAAGCCAUGCCUUGCCCCUCCCAAGCUUCCAAAGAGUUGUAUUACUGUAACACAACUGAAUCACAGAACAGAAGCGAUUCUUAUUCUGAAAACCAUGUUGCACUCCGGAAGCUUGAUCUAGACCAAACGGCAGUCGAGAAGAGCAAGGAGCUGCAGAUCCCAUCGACGGUUUCCGGCUCCGGGGGACUUCCAUUGAUCAAUCCUCGCGAUUUCAAUCGUCUCCUUCGUCGGAUGAGCGGUGGAGGAAAUCGAAGGCGGGAAGAGGGAAUUAGGGUUCUGAGUUAGACGAGCGAGGAACAAGGAAGGGAACUACUCCUAGCAAAUCCUCCACAAAAUGGCGAGGGAAAUUGACGUGACGAACAUUGUGGACCUCGACGACGAAGACGGCGGCGACGGAUACUGCAUACCCAUAUUCGACCAUGGCGGUACCGAGAAAAGUCCAAUUUCCGUUGAGGACUACAGUGAAGACAGGGAGCUCAACCUCGCGCUGCUGGCUUCUCUCCAAACGGCGGCCGUCGGCCGCAGAAUCGAGAGCGAUUUCAUCGACCUCUCGCGAGAUGAUUAUGGUUAUGUUAGCAUCGAUGAUGACAUCAUUCUGCUCGAUUUCGCGCCUAAAAGCUACCAUGAUUCUGCUUCUGCUGCUUCUUCUUCUUCCACCCCGUCGCCUGGAUCAUCGAGACGAAAGCCAUUCAGUGAUUCUUCCACUGAAAAGGGUCAGUCCUCGAAUUCAAACCCUGAACCCGAAACGGUAAUUCUCUGUGAAAUUUGUGCGGAACCCAGGACACCGAAUAGUUCUUUCCAGAUUAAAGGCUGCUCUCAUGUUUACUGCAAGGAUUGCAUGGCCAAAUACGUAGCUACGAAACUGCAGGACAACAUAUCGAAAGUUGGGUGCCCUGUUUCGGGUUGCGAAGGUGUGUUGGAGCCCGAGUAUUGCCGCUCCAUUCUUCCCCCGGAUGUGUUUGAAAGGUGGGGGAAUGCUCUGUGUGAGGCUGUGAUUCUUGGGGCUCAGAAGUUUUACUGCCCUUUCAAGGAUUGCUCUGCGAUGCUGCUUGAUGAUAGUGGUGGAGAGGGGUUGAUUACUCAGGCUGAGUGCCCCAAUUGCUACAGGUUGUUCUGUGCCCGGUGCAAAGUUCCUUGGCAUUGUGACAUUGACUGUGUGAAGUUCCAGAAGUUGCACAAGAACGAGAGGGAGAGGGAAGAUAUUAUGUUGAUGAAUCUAGCGGAUAAGCAGCUGUGGAAGAGGUGUCCCAACUGUAAAAUCUACGUCGAGAGAACUGCGGGCUGCAGAUACAUAAAAUGCAGGUGUGGGAUUUCUUUCUGUUAUGGCUGCGCAGGUACGCAGAUAAAUUCAGGUACCCAUGUUUGUCCCAGAUGCGGAUGAAUGGGGUUCUCUACAGCGAGUUCUAUCUGUUUGAUGACUCCCUAGAAGAGGGGUUUCCACAAGCGAUACCUUCCUGGGAGAAGUUCGCUGAAAUCAGAAUCACUUUCUGAGUUCCAACUAUGGCCUUUCAUUUUAGGGCCACAGGCUGCUUUCUUGAAUAAGUUGGGUUCAUUGAU